AUGGCCCUUGACAGUAAUGACGAUUCUGACGUCGCAUUCACGGAAAAGAACGAGAAAGAGAAAAAGAAUCUCCGGUCUUCUUUCAACACAUCGUACCCAGUGUCAUCUCAAGGUGUGUAUUCACUCUACUUCGCCAACUGCAACCGCCAAUCCCUUGUGUCGAUUGACGGCCGCACCGAGCUCUACAACUUGGAUGACGGCACCACCAAAGACUAUUUAUCAGCUGGACUAACACACCUCCCGUCUGUUUACUUCAUCUUCUCGGUUCUUUAUCUCAGUUUUCUACGGUUUUGGAUCUCUGUAUGCGUCAAGAACCAGCGUCGUUUUCACAUGAUUCAUUUACUAAUGGGUGUUUUGCUUGUUAUUACUAUCGGACACUUUAUCUGUGCUGAGGCUGAUCUACAUUACCAGAAGGGAUGGUGUUUGUGGAACCCUUUUUUGCAUGCAAAGGAAAAGCUGUUUUUGUUGAUUGUUAUCUUACUUCAAGUUUUGGCUAAUGUAUGUUCUAUCAAGGGAGGGGUAACCGGCCUUUAUAACGAAGACCGGUUGAAUAAUUGGCAGUUGGAUUUUAUUUCUAUAGAUUUCGUGUUUUGCCUUGCUAUUUUCAUCCCUUUUGUGGGGUCACUUAUCUUGUUGAAAAAGACUUGUGAGACUGACAGGAAUGCUGCUAGAAAUAUGGCGAACUUGGGAUCAUUUGUGUUGCUGGUUUUUGCAUAUGUGCUAUUUACGAGGAUUAUUGUUAGUGCAUUCGCUACCUUUGUAGUUUACAAGAACCCAUGGAUGAUUAAUGCGGCAGAAGAAACCGUCAGUCUCGUGUUUUGUAUGGUGAUGUUUUACUUGUUCCGGCCAUGUGAGGACGAAGAGGCGGAUGAAGAUGAAAAGGCAACUGGGAUGCUUCAUAUAUUAUUUUUUUUAGAAGUCUCAAAAGCUUUGUGUCCGACUUUUAUGUUUGUUCUCUCAUUUAAGUGGUAG